AUGUCUAUGCCGGAGGCGGGGCAGGCCGCGGAGAGGGAUGAGCAGCAGCAGGCCCAGGUGAUCAAGGCACUGAUGCAGGGCAUCUGCGCCGUGCGGUACCGCAAGGCCGAUAACACGCCCUGCCCCAUCAAGCAGGGUCUCUACUUGGGAUCUGUUGGAGCAGCAUUCAACAAGGAGGCUCUCAAGAGCCUGAACAUCACCCAUAUCUUGAUCGUCGCAAGGUCACUGGACCCAGUAUUUCCAGCUGAAUUCAAUUACAAGAAGAUCGAGGUACUUGACAGCCCAGACACUGAUCUGUUAAAGCAUUCUGAUGAAUGCUUUAGUUUCAUAGAUGAAGCUAUAAGCUCUGGAGGCAAUGUUUUAGUCCAUUGCUUUGCCGGGCGGUCAAGGAGUGUGACAAUCGUUGUUGCAUAUCUCAUGAAGAAGUAUCAAAUGAGCCUCGAAAGUGCCUUGUCGCUAGUUAGAAGUAAACGACCUCAAGUGGCUCCUAAUGAGGGGUUUAUUUCCCAGCUGGAGAACUUUCAGAAAUCCUUGCAAGGUAAAACACAAAUAGUUGUCUUUGUCGUCUAUGUUAAAAUGGUUUCGGAGCAAGGCGACGUGUAUCUUGCUUAA